AUGGCUAUGGCUUCUCGACUAUACGCCGCCUCGUACGCCGGGAUCGUUUCCACGCUUUCCCUAGCGCCUGCUAGCAAUGGUACCGGAAAUUUAUCCGUUAUUGCAGAGUUCACCAGCUGCGGCCCUAGUCCUUCGUGGCUGAUGCUGGACGGUCCCCAUGACAUCCUGUACUGUCUGGAUGAGGGCCUCAAUGUCCCCAAUGGCAGCAUCGCUUCGUUCCAUACCAACGCCAAUGGCUCUCUUACCCCGAUUAAACAUAUCGAGACCAUUAGCGGUCCGGUCAUGUCGGUGCUGUAUUCUGCGCCGGGGGUUCCUGGCCGCAAGUUCAUUGCCGUUGCUCAUUACGACGGCUCCGCCGUUACCACCUACUCCGUCGACCCCAUCACCGGCAUCUUCAACCGCUCCCAGACCUUCAACUUCCACAUGGACGGCCCUGGCCCCAACGCUGAACGCCAGGACGCACCACACCCUCACGGCGCCUACCUCGACCCAACAGGCCGCUACGUCCUAGUCCCAGACCUGGGCGCUGACUUUGUCCGCAUCUUCGAAAUCAACCAGCACACCGGCCAGUUGAAGGAGGUCUCGCCGUUGGUCACUAAGCCUGGCUUGGGGCCGCGGCAUCUUGCUUUCUGGACGCCGAAGAGUGUGACGGGGGCGCAGGUUGCGAAUGGCAAGGUCGAAGUGUACUUUUACCUUGUGUCGGAGUUGAUGAACACCCUGACUGGGUAUAAGGUGGCCUACUCGGAGUCUGGUAGCAUGGAGUUCACCAGUGUGUACGAGGAGAGUACCUUUGGCGGGCAGAAGCCUGGUCCGGAUGGAUCCAAGGCGUCUGGAAUUGCCAUUUCGCCCACAAACAACCACAUCAUCGUCUCCAACCGCCUCGACUCAACCUUCGGCCCCAACAACGACUCUUUCGCCACCUUCUCCAUCGCCAAUGACUCCGGCACCGCGUUCACAAAACCAUCCUUCCUGGGCCUCGAGCCCGCCUACGGGGUUAACCCGCGCCAGUUCGAGAUUUCUCCUGGCAAGCAUCAGCAUUUGGUGGCUGUUGCGUUGCAGGAUGGGGAGGAGGUUGUUGUUACGAGGUGGGAUGAGAAGGAAGGGAGGACGGGGGCGUUGUAUGCUAAGAAGGAAAUGAAGGGACAAAUCCCGGCUGUUGUUUGGGAUCAUUAG